AUGCGUGUCGUCGACAAGCCACAGCAUGGCCCUCACGGUAGAACUGCAGGUCUCAGGCUCAGACUGGCGCAAGAUCCGACCGCACCACUACCAGGAUUCCGAUGCGUGUUCUGGAAUCUCCCGCUGGAACUGCGCAACAUGAUUCAUGAACUUGUCUGGCAAGGCAAACGUGUCAGUACUGGACUCUUGGAGGCGAGCAAAGACGAGACUUCGCCGUCAGAUGGACCUCACAAGGCAUCGCUUGCAAAUCAUUCCAGGCUCGACGGCGUCGCCAUACAUCUCAGCGAUCUGGCAGUCUCGAAAGAAUUUUGCCAGGAAGUCAGGUACUGGUUGCUAGAACACGGUACAGUGGUAUUCAACGACCCGACGGUGGAUCGUGUACACAUCGAUCGUGCUCUCUGGAAUGGCAAGUUUGACCAGGCUCUGCAGCAUAUCCGCUCAAUCGAAGUCUCAGCCGGGUCGCUAUUCUACUCGAGCCUGCUCUGGUCACUGAAAUUGCCGAAUCUGCAACGCAUCAAGGUUACUGACUGCGACGCCUGGCGCCUGGGAGUGGCCGUGAGAAUGCGCCGCUCUAUGGGGACAUCCGACUUCAACGAAGAUUGCGGCAGCUUGCAGCGUUUCCGGAACCUAGGAGACUGCCUCUUCAUAAGGCAGCUUCAGCGUCACACUAAGCUGAGAUACAUCAAACUUGCGAUCCCUCCCUGUGAGAACUGUGAAGACGUCUUCAGAGCCUGUCCAGACAGUGAGGUGGAGGCAACGUGUCACCUUAGUGGCACCUUGGCUCUGUCUAUGGAGGCAUACGUGCUAAGCAGCGUUCUUGGCAACGUUCGUGUGGAGAUCAGCGCAGAGCGCAAGCAAGUGUGCCAGUUGAACGAGGAAAUUGGAGCCCGGACCCAGAUUGUGACCCAUAUUGUGGGAGAAGUCAUCGCGUAUGACGACCAAGAUGAGAUCAACUCUAUGGCGGAGACCCUCUGGCCAACGUCUUGGGAGGGCUGA